AUGCACCAGCUAUUCAGCCAGGUGCUGGGCCAGAGGGAUCUGUCCAGAGCGGGGGAUCUGUUCUCCCUGGAGGACGCAGAGAUUGAAGACUGCCUGUCACAAGCUCUGGACCAGAUCAAGACCAUCUCUUGCUCACCGGACUAUCUGACCAAUGACAACGACCAGGCGGUGGUAGAGAUUUGCAUAACGCGCAUCACCACAGCCAUAAGGGAGACAAGCUCCAUAGAGCGACACAGCGUGGCGCUGGUUGGGCUGUGGGAGUCGUGUCUGGAACAUAACCUCACCCCACAAGGUGAAAGCACAGAGGACACACCACAUGCCAAGAUAGCGUCCGACAUCACCAGCUGUAUCCUGCAGAACUACAGUUGUCCUUCGGUCAUGGUGCUGGCGGUCCCGGUAGCGGUGCGGUUCCUGCAGAGAGGGAACAAGGACCUGAGCAGGAACAUGUCCAGUUAUCUCUCCCUGGCUGCUAUAGCCAAGGCUGAUCUGCUGGCUGAACACACAGAGGCCAUAACGCUCAGUGUGCUGGGAGGUAACCACAUGCUGUUGCGAGUGUUGCCAUCAGUUUACCCCAAACAACCAGAUACCAUCCACCGUCACCUAGGCAACCUCACUGCGAUGUUGUCACAGCUGGAGUCCGCAGAGCAACAGCACCUGAUCAGACUCAUUCAGAUGGUUGCAGAACAACAUCCACUUAUGUUAAGCCCCCAGGUGCCUGUGUUGGUUGGCUACCUCGGUGACCAAUCUCUAACUGAGGCCCUACUGGGCGCGCUCGUAGACGUGUCACAGGCCAGCCCUUCGUCGAUGGUCAGCUUCCUGCCAGCGCUGAGGAUUGUUGGACAGCAAUGCUCUGCUCUCCUAGGUCAUGUGGCCAAAAUCCACGGUGCUGUCGGCAUCAUUAGUGAGACUCAUGCUCACAGCUCGUUGGUCUACCUGGUGUCCCUUCUGGGCAGCAUGGAUCACAGCUUUCACCACACCCUGCUGCUGGAGAUCAGAGCUCUGACUGACCGUUACCCAUCUUUACUGGGAGGCUGCGGCAAAGACAUCUACAGAAUGAGCAACUCUUUUACGGCUAUAGCCAGACUGUUGGGAAGACGGCUGGAAGAGAACCUGGCCUCGCACUGCAGGUUGGGAAAGGUGGACGAGGCAUGCCCGCCCUCUCCCUGUGCGCCUCAUCCAGGGGGUGGAGGAGGAGGAGGAAGAGGUGGGGGAGGAGGAGGGCCUGAGCAGCAGCUGCAGGUGAAGAUCCAGGCCUUCGAGGAGAAAAUGGGGGAAGACAGAGGCAAGGAGGAGGUGGUGGACGAGCACUCUCCUGCGUCCCUGCGACGAUACAGCUUGAGCCAAACCGUGAGGGAGGAGAGACGAGAGAUGAGAUUCAACAGGUCAAAGAGCCUGGCUCUCCAUGCCGUGCGCUCGCGCUCAAUCAACUCAGACCCCGGGGACGACGGUGAGGGAGUGGAGCUAUGUCCAGACAAUGUCUUCUCCAACGUUUUGCCCGGUCAGCACUCAGAAAACCAGGAAGCACCACCUACCGACAGGAAACCGACCGGUGACGGCCCUCUGCCCGUCACCACUGCCCUGGACAGUGGGGUCAAAGAGGCAGCGAAAGGUGAAGGCAGAGAGAAGGAUGGAGAGAAGGAGGAGCAGGGGGAAGCUGACAGACUCUUCAUCCAUUUAAGAGACAAUAUGGAGGCGAUCAGAGAGUUCUGCAAAGCCAUGGUGCAGCAGAUGCCCAUACCAGAGCAGUGUGUGAUAGAAGAUUCACAUCGAGGCUGUGUGGCCAAGCUGUCGUUCUCUUGUCCUCUGAAGGGCCACUACUGCCUGUAUGCCAAGUCCUGUUUCAACCUGACCAGCCGACAGCCUCAUCUCUGGAUUCACGUCAUGCUGCUGCAGCUACAGAGUAAGUCCAGCGUCCCUCUGUGCUCCAGGGACGAAUGUGUCCAGAGACUGGCUUCUCUAUGGGAGAAGACGCAGCUAAAAGGAGCCCACAGUUUUCCCAUGGCUAUGACACAGCACAUCACACCCCACAGGAAGGACCUGGACAGUCUUCAGAUCCAGCUGGAGGAGGUGCGUUUCUUCGACCUGUUUGGAUACAGUGAGGAAGAAGGAGGUUGGCUCUGCUUCAUGUGUAACAACCCUGAGAAGGCCACAGUUGUGAACCAGGAGGGACAGCCUCUGAUCGAGGGGAAGCUAAAGGAGAAGCAGGUCCGCUGGAAGUUCAUCAAGCGCUGGAAAACCCGCUACUUCACCUUGGCAGGAAACCAGCUACUCUUCCGGAGAGGCAAAUCAAAGGAUGAGUUGGAUGACAUCCCCAUUGAGCUGAGCAAGGUGCAAAGUGUCAAGGUUGUAGCCAAGAAGCGCCGGGAUCGGGGUCUGCCGCGGGCCUUUGAGAUUUUCACCGACAACAAGACGUAUGUGCUGAAAGCUCAGGAUGAGAAACACGCAGAGGAGUGGCUGCAGUGCAUCAACGUGGCCGUGGCUCAGGCCAGAGAGAGGGAGAACAGAGAGGCUACCACCUACCUGUGA